AUGAAGGAGGCAUGGUUUUACUCACCAAAACAGUUGUUAUUAGUCGAAGCAUGUAUUGUGUUUCUCUUAAUUUGCACACGUAUUAAUGCUUCAGAAAUACUAUGUGUUCAUCAACUAGAAAGAGAGUUUCUAUCUGCCGAAAACAAAGAAUUGCGGCAAGUUUACUACCGGCAGACUGUUACACGAUCUCAUGUUCAAUGUGUGAGUAAUUGCCAUGCUGAUCCUCAGUGCCUAUCGGUCAAUUACCACAUUGACACUCACUUGUGUGAUCAGAAUAAUGCUACCAGGGCUCGGUAUCCUGACCACUUCAUUACACACUUUGGGAGUGUGUACUUUGAUGCCGAUGUGGACACGCCUCUCCUCUCUCUGCCUGACCCCAAACCCUUUACACUACCUGUGACACCAACCCCAAUUCAGCCUCGUUACAGCAGUUGCAAGAAGCUACUCGAAGCAGGUCAUACUAAGAAUGGUCUCUUCAAAAUAUUUCCCGCUGGCUUUAGUGAUGGUCUGAGGGUGUACUGCGACAUGGAGACCGAUGGCGGGGGAUGGAUCGUAAUCCAAAGGCGUCAAGACGGUAGCGUGGACUUCUACCGCAACUGGGUAGACUAUCGUAAUGGUUUUGGUGACUUGGACGGUGAGUUCUGGCUCGGGAACGACAACCUACGCGGUCUGACUGAAUCUGAAGGAAGGUGGAAGCUGAAAAUCGACUUAGAAAACUGGUUUGGCGAGAAAGCAUGGUCCGAAUACGAAGGGUUCCGUAUUUCUGGAGAUAACUUUCGGCUUAAUGUUGAUUCAUUCAACGAAAGAAGCACUGCAGGGGACGCUAUCCUACAUGUCUUGGAGAGGUUCAAACAAGAUGGCAUGAUGUUCUCCACGAAAGACAAGAAAAAUGAUAAUGACGAAGUUGGUUGUGCUGUGACAUACCAUGGGGCGUGGUGGUACAACGACUGCACUAGGUGCGAUCUGAACGGUAAGUAUUACCCACGCAGGACAACCGGCGCUGAUGUUGUGUCGCGGGACUAUUUAAGAUGGAACACUUGGAACAACGUGGAGUCACUGAAGACUUGUGAGAUGAAAAUCCGUCUUAUAUCUUAA